GUGUGAAAAUGCCCCAGAAAGCAGUAAAACUUGUCAAGAUGCUCCUAACGCUGGCUUGCUUGGAACAGCACCUCCGAAGGCAGAGACCCUCCCCGAAGCAUUGCGUGCCAACAGCCCCGGGGCCCUGCCACUUCUCUGCUUUUCUCCCCAAGCUGGGGACAGGGACACCUCGAUGGGAGGAGGUGACAUUUGUGUUCAGCUGUGACCCGUCUGGCCCUGCUCCAUCUCCAGUCUUGAUGCUGAGCAAGAGGCAGAGUUUGGAGCAAUGUGGUUUAUGGGUCCCCAUUCUCAAUUGCGGUGAGAAUUAUUUGGGCAAAGCUCUUGGGACAGAGGUGACACAUGGGGUUAAAGUGGAAGGAACCGGGUCCCAACCCAGCACCCAAAAUGCCACGGCCCCUGGCAGGGAGCUGGCUAUUGGUGUGCAGGGCACAGGGGACCCCUGUCCCAACCUGUCCCCUUUCUCCUGGCAUAAGGUCCUUUUUUGAUUAAUGCUCAUAUUGAAGCUCGUUUGAAUUAAUCGGCGAGCAAGACCUAGGGACACGGUCCUGUGGGCUUCUCUAGUGUCCACUAUGGGGCUCUGGCCUGGUGCCUUUUCUCCACACCUUUAUCCUGCUCUUUUGUUAAAGCUCAAAGUGAUGCUAAAGGGGCAUCAAGGCUAAUGAGAGGAGGUGGAAACUGGGGUGCACCCAGGGCAGGAGCAGGGCUGAGCUAAAACUCACACGACGGGCUUUAAUCACAACCAGCCUUCUCCCUUCUGCUGGGCAAAUCACUUGUCUGUGCCUUGGUUUCCCCCAAAGUAAAAUACUAGUACAAAGGGGACACAGUGAGACAUAAAUAACUUGUUUUUCUGGUGAGGGGCUUGGGGAGGGGACAAGGACAAGGUGGCCCCCUCUGACCUGGGCUCCCCCAGCUUCCCCACUGCAUUGCCAGCACUCUGCACCCCCCCAGUCAACGCUAACCCUGGCCAGCAGGCAGGAAAGCAUCUUUCAUCAGACAAAAUCAGAUCAGCACUUGGCUCCCAGCGACAGGAGCAUGAGCAGUGUGGAUGAAGCAAUUCCCCCUGUCCCUUGAUUAAUAACAAGGCAGGCCUGCGGAGCAAGGGAGGGGGGGGGCCUGCUGUUUAAUUGACUCUGUGUUUUUGAAACAGCAGCUUAAUGACUAGGUUCAAAUUAGCCAGAAUCACCUUUUCAUCCUGGGGAAUUGAAAUGAAACGUGGAUUGCUCUGGCACGCCCUCCCCCCCACGCCAGCCUCUUAAAAAUACAUCUCCAACUAAACCAGUUGCAUUUCUCAUACUUGGAUUUUUCAUCUUUUAUUAAGCAGAUAAAUUGUCAUUGUUUAAAACAGGGAUGAAAUUCGUUAACACCCAUGUAAAUCUCCUGGUUUUAACUGCAGAGCCAGGGAUGAAGCUGUGGAUGAAACUCAAAUAGGAAAGCCUGAAAUGCUUGUGCCUGCAAUGAAAUUAUAAAUCCACAUCCCGGAGCAAAUGAGCAGUAGGAGGCAGCCAGAAAUCUCCCUCAGCAGAAGCACUGGGCUGCCGCAAGGAAUGAAAGUUGCAAGUGGAACCGAUAAGGCAACCAAACUGGGAGAGCUUUUGGCCUUUCUCCUGGCAGCAUCCUGCACAAACAGAGCCAAUUCAAGCAAGAACAUCUAAUAGGGGAGCCCAUGGCAUUAAAUCAGCCUGGGAUUCAGUGCUGUGCCCUGCUCCCUACCCCUGAUUUCUUCCCUCAGUUUCCCCAUCUGUAAAAUGGAGGAGAUGCUGCCAAACCCAGCUUGAAAACCUCUGUCAGAUGCAGAAAAUGUAAGUGAACCAUGCAGGCGAUGCUUGUCGGCUGUCACGCAACAGAUCAAGGGCACAGGACACUCCGCUUCCACAGCCCCUGAGCCCUGUGACCAGCAAGGGUAAUGCCAGCCGGGACCAAGCGGCGACGAACAGAGGAGAGCAACAAUUCUGCCCUGGCAGGCAAUCAGCCCUAACGAGGGAGCUGGCCUCGCUCAGCCUCAAAGCCUGAUUAACCAAAUCAUCCCUAUUUGUGGGAAGCUUUAGAGGGAGCAGAGAGGGACAAGAGGAGAGCUUCGAGGAGGGAUGCCUAACGGUGAGCACUGUCUCCAUGUGGGGUGUGGGUGCUGGUGGGGUGCCCUGCGACCUUGGCAUCUUCCUGGCCCUGCUGCGGCUGCCCGUGAGCUUGGCACCGCUGCGAGGGGCAACGGAGCCCGCGGUGGGGGUACCAAUGCAGGAGCCCUGGCUGGGUUUGGGGGCUGUGCUCGUUCCCGCUGUUACGGAGCUGUUUGGGCUCCGCUGUCCCAGUUUCCCUGUCGGAUAGGGGGGAAACGGCCGCGUUGGUCCAUCAUCAUCCUCACCUCCGCGGGGUGCAGCGAGAGGAGCUCACGGUGAGGUGGGUGCCUGGACGCUGUCCCAGGGCAGGGUGACACGGGUGGGGGGAUGCCAGUGUAGGGCCGGGGGAGCCGUGGCGGGGGGGGCUACCCGGACACGCUGGUUUGGGGCUGGGGGGGGGGGGGUGUGCCUCCCCUUUGGGCACGGCAAAGCGGGGAGAGUGGGGGGACCCCCCCCCCCCGCCGCGCCCGUCCCCGCAUUUCUCCGCGGGCUCCGUCCGUUCCCCCCGCCCAGCCCAGCAGCGCAGCCCGGGGCCGCGCAUCGUCCCCGUCCCUCCCCCGCGCUCCCGGGGCGGCGGGGGGCGCGGGAGGGGGGGGGGGGGGGGGCGGCUCCCACGCCCGCUCCGCCGCGCCACGGGCAAGCGCGGCGGGGAAAGGAGCCGGGGCCGGGCCGGGGUCCGGCCGGAGCCGCCCCCGGGGCUGCGGCUCUGCCCGCGCCGCCGCCGCGCCACGGGCAGCCCGGAGCCGAGCGAGGAGCUGAGGCUGGCUGUGCCGGACACUUUGCCAUUUAAACGUCCCCAGUCUCGGAUGCUGGAGCAGACCCAGAUGUCGGUGCAGCCCCGGACCUGCAGAACGGCGCGUGGGAGAAUGGUAGCGAGCCCGUAAGACCAUGCUCCACACAAUGACAUGUUGGCUCCCGGUCCUGGUCCUCCACCUGGUCCUCCUGAGCCCGCCGUGGGCGGCAGCCUGCCCUGCCCGCUGCGAGUGUGCCCCGCAGAUCAAGUCGGUGGUGUGUCACCGCAAGCGGCUCACCUCCAUCCCCGAGGGCAUCCCCACCGAGACCAAGAUCCUGGACCUCAACAAGAACCGCAUCCGCUGCCUGAACCCGGGGGACCUCUCCCCGUACCCGCUGCUGGAGGAGCUGGAUUUCAGCGAGAACAUCAUCUCCAAUGUGGAGCCGGGCGCCUUCAGCAACCUGUUCAACCUGCAGACCUUGCGGUUGCGGGGGAACCAGCUCAAGCUCAUCCCCCCGGGGGUCUUCACCAAGCUGACCAACCUCACCCUCCUGGACAUCAGCGAGAACAAACUCGUCAUCCUGCUGGACUACAUGUUCCAGGACCUGCGAAACCUGAAGAGCCUGGAGGUGGGCGAUAACGACUUGGUGUACAUCUCCCAACGGGCUUUCUCGGGGCUGCUGGGCCUGGAGCAGCUGACCAUUGAGAAGUGCAACCUGACCUCCAUCUCGGCCGAGUCGCUCUCCUACCUCCAGAACCUGGAGGUGCUGCGGCUCCGGCACCUCAGCAUCUCUGCGCUGGAGGACCAAAACUUCAAGAAACUUUACAACCUCCUGCAACUGGAGAUCGACAACUGGCCGCUGCUGGAAGACAUAUCCCCCACCAGUUUCCAGGGCCUGAACCUCACUUCGCUCUCCAUCACUUACACCAACAUCACAGCCGUGCCCGCCACUGCCUUGAGGAACCUGGUGUACCUCCGGUACCUGAACCUGUCCUACAACCCCAUUAGCACUGUGCUGAAGGGCUCCUUUAAAGACCUCAUCCGGCUCCAGGAGCUCCACAUCGUGGGCGCUCUUUUGGUGUCGGUGGAGCCGCAGGCUUUCUCCGGCCUGAGACAGAUCCGGCUGCUCAACCUCUCCAGCAACUUUCUCUCCACGCUGGAGGAGAGCACCUUCCACUCCGUCAACACGCUGGAGACCCUGCGUGUGGACAGAAACCCGCUGGCCUGCGACUGCCGCCUGCUCUGGAUCCUGCAGCGACGGAAGACGCUCAACUUCGAUGGGCAGCAGCCCAUGUGCUCCUCGCCCCCCGAAAUCCAGGGCAACGCCCUACGUGACUUCCCGGACUCUGUGCUCUUCGAGUACUUCACCUGCCAGAAGCCCAAGAUAAGGGAUCGGAAGCUGCAGCACGUGACGGCCCGGGAAGGGCAGUCCGUGUCCUUCCUUUGCCGGGCGGAUGGGGAGCCGGACCCCUCCAUCUCCUGGGUGUCCCCCCAGCACCGCAUGAUCACCACCCGCAGCACGGGGCGGGCGACCGUGCUGCCGGGGGGCACCCUGGAGAUCCGCUUCGCCCAGGUGCAGGACAGCGGCACCUACAUCUGCAUCGCCAGCAACGCGGGAGGCAACGACACCUACUUCGCCACCCUGACGGUCAAGGGGCGGCCAGCCGAUGGCUCCCACUACGCGAACCGAACUUUGUACCUCAGCGAGCUCAACGACACCUCCCACAACGACACGCAGGUCUUCUUGAAGUUUACGUUGGACCUCAAGACCAUCCUGGUCUCCACGGCCAUGGGCUGCAUCACCUUCCUGGGUGUGGUGCUCUUCUGCUUCCUCCUCCUCUUCGUCUGGAGCCGGGGCCGGGGGCAGCACAAGAACAACUUCUCGGUGGAGUACUCCUUCCGCAAAGUGGACGGUCCCACCACCACCACCGGCCAAGGAGGAGCCAGGAAGUUCAACAUGAAGAUGAUCUGAGCCUCUCCCAGAGGAGAACCAUCAUCUGCUGCCUGGCCCCAGGCACGGCCGCAGCGUGCCGGGGCCAGGGCGGGUGUGUGGGAGCAACUGGUGACAUCCCAGCGCUGGCGGUGGGACCUUGCUGUGCUGGGACGCAGCUGGAGACGUGCCGCAGGUGCCGCGGGCCAGCACGGUCAGAACCACCUGGACCUCAGGGUCGGGGAGCGACGGCCCCGGCUGUCCCGGCCCCGCGGUGAGCUCUUGGGGCACAGUGGCUCAGGGGCCGGCCCAGCUCCAGGGGCUCCUCAUGUAGCCAACAUUUUUGCUACCAACUAUGCAUUUCUCUAGCCAAGAGAUCAGCAGCAUUUGGGCCUGGGAA